GAUAGUCUGGGAACUUAUUUCAAACACUGCGAAGAUCUGACUCAGGAAGUGCUGGGAAGCAGUCCAGCGUGCUUAUCCUGACCCCCGUUCAACUUCUCCAUGCGGUCCCCUCCAUGCUGGGAAUAGACAACUCUCCUCUGAGGCUAACCAGGAUAUGCACCACUGGCAUCUCUCCAUCAUUGCCUGGACCUGGGUGGAAUGGAUUGCAGCAGUUACAGUUGCUGCCGGGACAGCAGCCCUUGGUUACCUAGCUUACAAAAGAUUCUAUGUUAAAGAUCACCGCAGUAAAGCCAUGGUAAACCUUCACAUCCAGAAAGACAACCCCAAGAUAGUACAUGCUUUUGACAUGGAAGAUUUGGGAGAUAAAGCUGUGUACUGCCGUUGUUGGAGAUCCAAAAAGUUCCCAUUCUGUGAUGGAGCCCACACAAAACACAACGAAGAGACUGGAGACAACGUGGGACCUCUGAUCAUUAAGAAGAAAGAAACUUAAUGGACAGUUUUGAAGCUGCAGACCAACCUGUCAUGAUGUUAACUGAUUGUUUAGAAUGAUUACUGAUUACCACUUCUCUCUCAUUCACCUCCCCUCGUUAUAGAUGUGGAAUUUUGCCAACCUCAGCUUUCACAUUCAUGGCAUUUGCCUUAUUGUUGAAGAAUUGUGGUGCACAUUUGUUUAAACAAAAAGGAAAAAGGAUAAACCAACCUCAUGGCCUGUGGGUUAUUUUGGUCUUGUAAGGAUCCGUUUAAAUUUGAAAUAAUGGUCUUUAGUGUAUAGUUAUACCUUGAAGUUAAUGAAUUAAAUUAUUCUCAAAAUCA